CCCGCCCGUCCACGUGGAUUUUGUGGCUGGGAGGAAGGAGGAGAACAGCGUGGAUGAUAUGCGAGCUCCAGAAACAGAGAGUCCUUCCUUCUUUCCCCCGCUCACUCUCAUUACCGCCAUAGCCACUUGAUAAACCAGAAAGCUCCAGAACAAAAUGCCCUUUGGAGCAGCACCAGCAGCAGCUUCGGUUCCACGCCUGCAAUCCCCAUUCCUAUGCUGCCCUCUCAAAUCGCCGUGUUUGUCUCCUUUCAAGUCCGCGAGAAGCUUCACCUUUCAAUCCCCCCGGCGGCCGUCGUCGACGCCUUAUCCCCUCGUUAGAGCCGCUGAUCUCGACGCCAACACGAUUACAGCAUUAUCCGUUGGGCUAGUGAGCGUGGCAGUGGGAAUUGGCAUUCCAGUGUUCUACGAAUCCCAAAUUAAUAAUGCUUUUAGUACGACGGCGAUGGAUACGGAGAGCGACACGGUGGCGCUGGUGUGCUACCCGCAGAAGGUCGCUUUCAUCCGCCGUCUUCUAGAUUUGGAUUCCGUCAUCCGAUCAGAAAUCGUAGAGGCCAUAACCACGUCAUCUCAGAUCUGA